AUGAAAAUUUUUGGAGUACUAUUCUUAUGUUUUAUUGUUACAACACGAGGGGAAAAAAAUAUAAGCAGUCCAAGUGAUACACAGAAAACGAACACACAGGAAGUAAAGGAGAAAGAGAGUAACUUAACAAAAUUCGUGGUAGCAGAUGAAAAACAUCAUGAUCAAACCUUGGAAAAAAAUACAAGCAACAGAACAACAGCGGAAACGAAAAUAGGAUAUCUGGGAGAAGCAAAUGACGUUAGCAAUGUAGAGGAAGAAGCUACUAAAAUCAUCCGAAUGACUGACGGGAGAGAGGAAGUCAAAGAUACAAAUUUAGGGGACGAGCUAUUUCAGUCCAACCGUUCAAGUAUUAUGGUGAAGUUUGAAAAUAAUAUACAUUAUAUAAAUGACGAUCCUACUAAGGAUUACACGAAUGGAAGACCAUGUAUUUCUACAGCGGAAAAAAUGGAAGAAAUGAAAAAAGAAUGCGCAAAUUUAAAUGUCGAUGAAGUGGAAGCGUGUGAACAAGUGGAAGCAGAGUUGGCUGCAGAAGAGAAAGACAAUUAUAGUAACUAUUAUAAUACUGUAAAAGUUGAUCGUGGUAGCAAUAGCGACAUUCGUGGAGGGAAAGAUGAAGCACAGAAGGAUAAUGAUCCUUAUGUGGAUUCAAAUAUAAGAAAGAAAAUUAUAGAAAGGUCAUUAGAAGAAGACAGCAUGGACAAUAACACAAACAAUGGCCAUAGUGUAUCACUUGGCGAUGGGAGUGGAAGUAUCGGCAACACUGAUAAUGGGAGUGGAAGUAGCGGUAACAUUGAUAAUGGGAGUGGAGGUGAACUAGGGGGAGGUAAAAGGGCCAACCGUUUCAUAUAUGACAGCCCAUUGGGGAGUGAAAGCGGAAGUGGACAUUGGGAGCCGGAGGGGGAGAAAGAAGAAAAAGAAGUUACUGACUACAAUAAAGUUUUUAUGAAUUUCGAAAAAAAAUUUAGCAAGAUGGAGGAAGAGGGGGUAGAAGGGGGGGAAGGAGCAAGGUCUGAAGGGGGAGCGGGGGUAGAGGAGGACGGUGCGACACGUGCGAGUGACCGUUUUAGUGAGAACGGGGGAAAGCGAGAUAAUAUGAAUUGGUCAGGCGAAAAUACUAUAGCGAGUCAGAAAAAUGGUCCAGGUGAAAUGGGAAGCGACAGCAGAACCAUGGAGAAGAAAAAGAAUAAUAAAAAAAAAAAAGAUAACGACAUUCAGAAUAGCUGGAAUAAUAAAGAAAAGGAAAGAGAAAAGAAGGAUAGUAAAAUAACAAGUAUGGAAUAUAACAAUGAGUAUGAAAAAUUGAUAGUAAAUAAACCAGAAUCGAUAAAAUACUUUUUCGAGUUAUUAACAGAGAUAAUUAUAAUAAUAAAACUUGGUUUUAUGUACCGUUUUAUGAACUUUAUUAUACCAUUAAAGGAUGUAAUUAUAUCAAAAACAUUAGAUCAAGUAGAGUUGGCAUGUGUAACUAUGUUAUCAGUACAUCGUAUUGGGAGUCAAACAUAUAGAGAUGUAUACGGUAUUGUAUUAAUACUAUUCCUAUUAUAUUUAUUAAAAUAUAUUAUAAAAAAAUGCAUUUUUAAUAGAAAUAAACAAAAUGGAAAUAUGGUAAGAAAUAAACAAGGUGAUGAUAUAUAUGUUGAAAAUUUACUAAAAAGAAUUUUAUAUAAUGUGGAAAAGAAGAAAGGAUUAUCAGCAUACGAAAAUGUUUUACAUGAUAUUCUGGAUAAUACUGAUAAUCUAUUAGCGAAUAGUAAUAUUAUUAAUAAAGAAAAUAAAAAUAUAUAUACAGAUAUGCUAUCAAAUAUUAAUAAUAUUGGCAUUUUUACGUAUGUGUCUACUCAAGCUUUAAAGAAACUUAACCAGAAGUCAGAUAUUAUUAUUAACGAAUUAAUUGGAGGGGAGGCAGGAGCAGGGUUGAUGGAAGAUGACAGUAAACUUGAUAGACUUAGGAAUUUAAUGCUUAAUGAAUAUGAUGAGUACGAUUUAAAUAAAUUUAAGGACAAUCUGAUGAACAAUAACGAUCUGAUGAACAACAACGGGCUGAUAAACAACAACGGGCUGAUAAACAACAACGGGCUGAUAAACAAUAGCGAUCUGAUGAACAAUAGCGAUCUGAUGAACAAUAGCGAUCUGAUGAACAAUAACGAUCUGGUGAACAAUAGCGAUCUGAUGAACAAUAACGAUCUGAUGAACAACAACGAACGGAUAAAUAAUAGCGAAUUUAUGAACAAUAGUGAUCUGAUGAACAAUAGCGAAUUUAUGAACAAUAGCGAUCUGAUGAACAAUAGCGAAUUUAUGAACAACAACGAAUUUAUGAACAAUAGCGAAUUUAUAAACAAUAACGAGUAUAGUGAGAAUGGUCUAAAUAGCAAGUUAAGGUACAGUGUGUUACAACAGCACAAUGAAUAUAAUGAAAAUGCUAUUUCUCUAAAUUUUAUGGCAAAGUCAGGCAAUUUUGAAUAUAUCAACAAUAAUGAAAAUCCUAGUAUGAAGGGUACAGUACAAUUCUCAUACAAUGACAUUGGAAGAAACAACAAGAGCGACCUUUACUUCGAACAUCCCGCAAACAGGUUGACAAACAAGGUCGGCGGAACCAGCAAUGUUAGCGGUAACGUUAGAGGUAACGUUAGCGGUAACGUUAGCGGUAACGUUAGCGGAGGUAAUAAUAUUAACAGUGAUAAUAUAAGCAGCGAUAAUAAGGUUUCGAAUAUCGCUCCGCCAAAUGAACACAAGGAUGAGGGGGGAAAUGGAAUUUACUUUGACAAAGACUUAAAAGAAAAAAAUGAAAUGAAUCUAAUAAGCAAUAAAAGGAAUUCCUCUGUAAUGAUUAAACAUAUGAACACUAAUAGUAGCGUAAACAUCCCUAACGACCCAAACAACAUGGUAAAUGAUUUAAACAGUUCACCAUUAUACAAUAUCAACAGUAAUAGUAAUAGUAACAGUAAUAGUAAUAGUAAUAAUAAUAGUAAUAGUAAUAAUAAUAGUAAUAGUAAUAAUAAUAGUAAUAGUAAUAAUAAUAGUAAUAGUAAUAAUAAUAGUAAUAGUAAUAAUAAUAGUAAUAGUAAUAAUAAUAAUAAUAAUAAUAAUAAUAAUAAUAAUAAUAGUAACAAUAGUAGUAACAAUAAUAGUAACAAUAAUUGUAACAAUAAUUGUAACAAUAAUAGUAACAAUAGUAGUAACAAUAAUAGUAAUAAUAAUAGUAACAAUAGUAGUAACAAUAAUAGUAAUAAUAAUAGUAAUAAUAAUAAUAAUAAUUAUAAAUAUAAUUAUAAUAACUACGGCAUUAUGACUCGUCCGAAGGAAACUCACAGUUACCCCAAGAAAUUAAUUCAAACCAGUAAUACACCGGUAACCACAAACAGAAAGUCCAAUACCCUUGAGAACAACUUGGACAAGAAGAACUUUUACGCAAACGAAAAUGUAGUUAGCCCGAAUUUUGCGGUCGACGAUGCCAUGAAGAAUGUGGCCUCAACUCAGAACAAUGACGAAUUACGGAUGAGCACAAAUUUAAUGAACAACUUCGAAAACAAAAAUGAACAGGUAAGGCCCAAUGACGAAUUGACGAAUAAUUUGACAAGCUCGAAUUCCCCUUUUUUUACUGAUUCCAAAAACGGAACAGCAACUUUAGAGAGUGAGAACUUUAUACAGAAGACGGACGACCCGCAAAACUAUGCUCCGCCCGCGUUCUCAUAUAUGCCACCUGCACAUCAAGUACUGGAAAAUUCGUAUAACAGAAAUCAGAAAUACUUAACACAGAGAAAAGAACGCCAAAAAAUUGUUGCAACAAAAUCUCCCUUUAAUUAA